AUGGCGUUGUUCGACUCCAGAACUGCUGCUAGAGUUAUUUCUGAUGAGGGAUCCUCUGCUUUGGGUGGUGUUACCUCAUCCCUCUCUACCUAUUCUUCAGAUUCAGGGUUAAUUUCCUUGUUAAAGAUCUGCUGGUUCCUCAGCCGCGAGCCCUGUGGGUCUCUCAUUCCUAUUGGAACACUGCUCUCUGACGUGCUGCUAGCUGUUUCAGGCAUGGUCAGGAUAAUGACAAUCGUAACUGCGUUGAUCCGUCAUUCUGGUUUUUGGAACGAUCAGAACUGUUUUGUGAAUUACAAAAUUGAUGCUGUUGUAUUCAUUGAUAAUUGCAAUUACGAUGAGUUAGUUUCUACGAUUACAAAUCAAUUAGGCGUGGAUACUGGCAGGAAAACUAUUUCAAUAAAAUAUACUGUUGAAGGCGAUUUUCAACCAAUUGAAAUACACAACGAUAUGGGAGUUCGUGUUUACGUUGAGCUUAAGAGAGAAAACAGAGUUUUGGGGAUGUAUCUAAUGUGCGUUAGUGUUCAUGAUUUUGAUGUUGAGGAUGAUGCAUCUGGUAAUCGUAUUAUUAGAGAUGAUGUGUUGCAAAUUGGAUAUAGCGAGAAUCGGGAUGGUAUGGAAGUUUGUGAUUCUACAGGAAAGGCUGUUGUUUUGUUUGGGAAUGAUAACAAUUUGGUAAUUUCGAAACCGGAAGCGAAAGGAGUUUUUGUCGAUCAAAUUUACCAGGAUAAGGAAACUUUGAAAAUUGCAAUGACGAAAUACGCAAUUCGUGAAAGAUUCAAUUUCAAAACAGAGGGAUCGAAUGCUAUAAGCUAUACUCUGGGAUGUUGGUCGCCGGAAUGUAAAUGGAAGUUCAGAGCGUCGAGAAUUGAGGAUUUUGAAAUGUUCAGGGUUAGAUAUUUCGAUGACGAACAUACAUGUCCGUUGAAGGACAAGGUGUAUUCACAAAGACAAGCAACAAGUUGGUUUUUUGGAGAAGCGGUUGUCAAGGAGAAAAUAACUAACCAUAAAAGGAAGGUCACACCUGGGAAUAUAAUAGACGAUGUUAAAAAUGAAUUCGGCGUAGAUGUUUCUUAUAUGAUGGCAUGGAGAGCUAAAGAGAAGGUUAUAAAAGAUUUCAGAGCACUCAAAGCAUUCAUGAACGGAUUCGAGUGUUGUAGACCAAUAGUUGUAGUGGAUGGUGCACACCUUAAAUCAACGUAUAAUGGUACAUUUGUGUCGGCAAGUACUUUGGAUGGAGCAGGUAGUAUCCUACCACUAGCGUACGGUGUGAUAGAUUCUGAGAAUAAUAAGUCCUGGACGUGGUUCUUUGAACUGUUCGAGCAAGCUUAUGGUGUUAGGCAAAAUAUGUGUGUCGUGUCCGAUAGACAUGAAAGCAUAAUACACGCAGUUUCUAAGGUGUAUCCUACUGUUCCUCAUUUGGCUUGUAUAUGGCAUUUGUGGAAAAACGUGACAAAGCAAUACACAACAAACAGUGAGGUGUUGAGUCCUAUAUUUUAUUCACUAGCGAAGGCAUACAGCCAGGAUGAGUUCGAUAAAUUGAUGGAGAAGAUUUGGAAUGUUGAUAUUCGGGUAAAACGAUACCUAGAAGAUGCUGGAAAGGAUAAAUGGUCUAGGCUUUAUUCACCUGUUAACAGAGGAUGGACAAUGACUUCGAAUAUAGCCGAAUGUAUUAAUGGAAAAUUGGUAGAAGCGUCAACUGAAUAUGUUUACACAGUGAAUGAUGGACCGAGGCGUUUCAUAAUCGAUUUGAAGAAGAAAACUUGCAGCUGCAGGAUGUUCCAACUGGAUGAGAUACCGUGUUCUCAUGCAUGGGCAGUAUUGAAGAACAAAAAUUUGACUGCUGAUGCAUAUUGUUCAGAAUUAUUCAAGCCAGAAACAGUUGUGAAAACAUAUGAUGUGCCGGUUGAUCCUCUUCCCGAUGAGACCGAGUGGAAUGUUCCUAAAAGUUUAUCAGAUGAAGUUGUUAUGCCACCGAUCUAUAAGAGACCCCCUGGGAUGCCAAAAAAGAAGAGGGACAAGCCUUUACAGGAGUUGAUGAUUGGUAAACGCAGGAAUGCUUGCGGUAAAUGUGGACGUCUUGGUCAUAACAUGCGUUCGUGUGAUAAUCCACCACUCAAUAAGAAGAAAAAAUAA